AAACCCAAUGCCCCAACCGAACAACACACGCCAUUCCCCCAUACCUAUUUUCUUUGGCCUCAUUAUGUCUUUACAAGAACUAACUUCCUAGAAAACAACCCAAACCCUCUCAUUUUUCUUUUCUCUAGUUGCUCAUCAGAAGAGAAGAGAAGAAAGAAAUUGGUGGUGGUGGUGGUGGGUGGUGGGAGGAGGAGGAGGAGGAGAAGAGACUAAGGGGGUUGGCUUCAAAGCUGGUAGAAUAUGGUGGAGAUUGUGAGUGCUGCUUUUACAUGGAAAUUUGAAGUAAGAUUGGGCUUUCCCAUGAGGAUUUCUGCGAAGGGAAUGGGUAUCCAGGGCUCAUGCGAAGUCCGAUCUUUGCACCAAGCUCUGUUUCCCACAUUCUGCUUCUUUGGCCUUCGGUGACGGAGGGUGGUGGCGGUGAUAUUGGCGGGACGGCUCAAUCUCUUUAAUGUUAUGAUAUAAUUUUUUUUUUUUUAGUUCUUUUUUACUGUUUGCUCUUUAUUUUUGGCUUGAUAAAGCAACGGCAAUGUUGGCCCCCUUUGAUCUUUUCAGUUAGUGACACUAACUUGGUCUUUUGGUCUUAAGCCAGUUUUGUGUCUUUGCUUGUUUCCCCAAGCAAUCCCCCCAUCAAAAACAAAGAAAGCAACAUGGAAGAGGGUUAGCUAAAUUAUGCACUAAUUAGGGAGGAAAAGGUAGCUAAUUCCCUUCAUGGAGUUGGUGAGUAAAGUAAAUUAGGAAAAGAUGCAGACUUGAAUGCUCUACACUGUUUUAUUGUAUUACCCCCUGUAAUUUACUGUACAUCUUCUAGGGAAAUGUGUGAACUUUUUUAUGUUACUGUAAUCAAUGUUUUUCCCCCCCCUUUUUUUUUUUUUAAUUCUCUAAACCCAUGUAUACAAACUUCAAGAAGUAGUAUUGUCUAGAAAAAAGAAAAAAAAAAAAAGAGAAAGAAAUUAUGUUUAUGACAUUUCCUUUUAGAAGAUAAAUUUUGGAUGGGUAUGCUUCUGUUCUUGUGGUUUGGAUUCCUCCUAAUGGUCUGUUUAUGGGUGUUUUGGAAUUUUAUCUAGUGGGUUUUUGGGAUGAGGACGUGAGGUGACAAAUGCACAAGAAGAGGUACAGGGAAACACUGAAAACUGGUGGUGUAUGGGGGCACUUGGGGACAUAGCUUGCUGGGGGUACACCAGUUGCUGUCUAUAUUUUUAUUGUUAAGGACUGAGCAAGAAAAACAGAGGGAAAGACAACAAAGUUGAGGUCUUAGUGACGAAGGAGGGGGGUGUUUCAUGGAAGUGUCCUGUCAAGGUGCACUGGCUAUUUGGGGUUCCUCCUUUUGGUUUUUGGUAUGCACGUGAAACUGGAAUUGUUUUUGUGUUUCUAAGUUUUUGGCAUUGGCAGGCUUGUUUUCAUAGCCUUUGUAGGACCUCCAAUUAAUAGUUGUUUCCAGG